UCCAUCAAACGACACGAACCAGAUCUCUCGUCCCGAAACGUGCACCGCUCAUGAGCAUGAGCAUGAACAAGAGCAUAAGAAUUUAAUUACUGACUUAGUAGUUGUUGAAAAUUAUUGGCUUGUGAAUUUGUGAUUUGCCAAACAUUUGGCUAAUGUACUACUCGCAUUUCAAUGCAAAGUGAUUUUUAAUUCAACGACGGCGAAAGAUAGUGACGCGUGUAGUUGUUGUGCUUAGUGACACAGAAAUACAGAAGUAAUUCCAAAAACCGUCGGGUGAACUUGAAAGAAUUGGAAACUCAGUGUUUUUUGAUAGCGACGAUAUUUUGAUUGCAACAUAAACUCAAACAAAAGCAAAGCAAAAAAAAAAAAAAAUAAAAAAUUAUUAAAAAGUUAUGGUUUUAAUGUCAAACAAAUUCCUCAGCAAAGUAAAUGAAAUUAAACUGUGUGAAAAAACUGCAAUGACAUUAAAAGCAAGAAGACCGACCGACCGUCAAUGACUAAAAGGUGUUAUCAAAUUGCAUGCAACUUGUUGUAAGAGACACCAAAGCGACUUGAAUUACAUGAACAAAGCAAACUUGCUUAAGAGCAAACAAAGAACAUUUUUUUAAACAUAUAAAAUUAGCAACAGCCACAAAGGUGCCCAAAAUUCUAGUACAACCAACAACACCAACAUCGGCGUAACUGUAAAGCGAACAGCAGAACUAAAUUCAGUGCCAUAGUCAGCAAUUGUUGCAUUUGCAUCAUACGCCAUCGAAAUAUUGACCAAUAAGCCAAUGGGACAAAGCCGCCAUUUAAGCUGCUGCCACAAUCAUCAUACUUUGAAAGUUUUGUAAUAGCAAUAGUGUUGACACAAGCCACGUGCACAAGAACAGCAACAAAACAAAAACUCAACAACAACCACAACAACACAUUCGAGUUCGCAUUGAAGCGCUAAGCAGUAGUGCACAGCAGAAGUCUUUGCAUUUCACUCCAUUCUCCACCACUAUUGAGCAGUCUAAAUGUUGUUGCCGUCAUUAACGUUAACAGCACAUUUGCCAACAGUUGAGCGUUUAGUGUCAGAAACGUCAGCGACGGCACUGUCAGCAAGUCCAGCCAGUAGUAGAGUGUGCAAGACCACUGCAGAAGAAGAAGGAGAAGAAAAAGUGCUGAUUUUACGGCAAGUGAAGAACUAUCAGCUAACGCUAAAACAAAAGAAAAAGCAUCGGCAGCAUCAGCGGCAGCUAUAUCUGCAGCAGUAUUCCUACAUAGCUCAACAAUAUUUCACUUGUUCCCGCAAUUCCACAACACUCUGUGCAAUCAGUAGAGGCAACACAACCUAGUCGACAACUUUGGGUGGCAAAGAAAGUUAAAAGAGUUGCAAACGACCAUGCGCGCAUGGCUUCUAUUCCUCGCAGUGCUGGCGACUUUUCAAGCGAUCGUUCAAGUUGCUAGCACCGAGGAUAUAACUUCGAGAUUCAUUCAAGCGAUAUCCCCGCCAAUUAAAGAAACACAACAGACAGCAUUUAGUACGCGAAAACCAUUUAUGACCGAAAUAUUUGAAGUAAGAAAAAAAUCAUCAAACGUGACGUCAAUAGGUCUACCAGCAAUUAGCGAUAUAACACCGUUAUCAGAGACAAAAUCAGCAACGACUAAAAUUGCGGGUGCUUUCACGCGUUUAACAAAAUCAAACACCGUCGGUGAUACAGCAAACUCUACGAUCGUUAGAAGUGAUAAUAAUAGUAAUAAUUUAAAUAAAAUUAGUUCAAAGGAUAUUAAAGAAAGCAAAAGCGGGAAAACAAGUGACGCUCUGAAAGCAAUUGAAGAAAAUUUCGAAGUAAAACAAAAGUUUAUAAACAAAAUUCAAAACUACAACGAAGUGAACGAAAAAAGUGCGGGAAAUACUUUAGAAAAUACAAUAAAGAAAAAUAGCGCCUGGGAAUCGCAAACAAAUAAAGUGCAACAACAUCUACGUAAUCAAGAAACAAAAAGUACUAAUAAAUUAGAAGAAAACAGUGCAGUGAUUAGUGCAAAAAAAGUACGAACCGAACUCGAAUAUCUUAGACAAAUGGCGAUUAAAGAAAAUGCAGAAUCUAUUGUGGCAGCGCUCAAAAUGCACGCCACCCACAGCAAACAGUACCACAAACAUCAUAGGCAACCCCACCCCUACCAUCAGCAUCAGCAACAGCAGCAUCAGCAUAAGGACUCACAGCAGGAGCAGUACACACAUCAACAUAUCAUCCAUCAUCAUCAGCAACAUAAAAAAAUUCAAGCUGAAGCAAAAGCGAUACAGGAGUUUGCGGCUGUGGAAAAGCGUUUAGCGACAGAAAAUGAACGCUUAGCGACGGUAGACCGUUUAGCGACAAAAUCAGCAGAAGACAUUUUAGCAGCAAACACAAUUUCACACGAAGAAGCCGCUGAAAAGCUGGCGCGAGAAUCAGCGACAAUACCAGAUGGUAGCCCUGCUGAUUCUACUUCUUCCUUCUCCUCAAACUAUAUGUCUGCUAUAAAUACCGAUAAAGAUAUCGACAGCGAAGAUCAUAUCGACAUCAACAGGGAACCCGCCACAUACAGUAAUAAAGACAUCAUCGGUGAGAAACUCAAGCCCGAUCCAUCGACUCUAGUCCAAAUUGAGAAUAGCCUUUUGUCGCUAUUCAAUAUGAAGAGGCCACCAAAAAUAGAUCGCACUAAAAUUAUUAUACCGGAAGCGAUGAAACAGCUGUACGCACAAAUUAUGGGUCAUGACUUGGAUUCAGUGAUGAUACCACGGCCGGGUCUACUUACUAAAUCAGCGAAUACAGUGCGAAGUUUUACACAUAUAGAGAGUAAAAUCGACGAUCGCUUUCCGCAUCAUCAUCGGUUUCGUUUGUACUUUGAUGUGAAGAGCAUACCCGCCGAUGAGAAGCUGAAAGCUGCCGAAUUGCAGCUGUCACGUGUCGCCAUUAAUAAUGCGGUUUUCAAUGCAGACCUUGCCAAUCGGACAAGCUAUCAGGUGCUCGUUUAUGAUAUAACCCGGGUGGGUGUGCGAGGUAAGCGAGAGCCCAGUUAUCUCCUGUUGGACAACAAGACGGUGCGUCUAAAUAGCACCGAGGCACUCAGUCUUGAUGUACAAGCAGCGGUUGAUCGAUGGCUGCAGCAACCGAAAAAGAACUACGGCCUGCUAAUUGAAGUGCGAACGUCGCGCUCACUAAAGCCUGCACCCUAUAAUCAUGUACGCCUGCGACGCAACGCCGACGAAUCACAAGAAUCUUGGCAACGAAAACAACCGGUGCUCUAUACAUACACCGACGAUGGCAAACCCAAAUCUCGUCCAAUACGUGAAGUGAGUUCACGAUCGAAACGUGCCGGACAUCAUCGACGUACGCAUCGUAGGAAGAAUAAUGACGAGAUUUGUCGGCGGCAUUCGUUGUAUGUGGACUUUGCGGAUGUGGGCUGGAGUGAUUGGAUCGUAGCACCACCUGGCUAUGAUGCUUUCUAUUGUCAGGGCAAAUGUCCGUUUCCACUUGCGGAGCAUUUGAACUCUACAAAUCAUGCGGUCGUGCAAACCUUAGUCAAUAACAUCAAUCCGGGGAAGGUGCCAAAGGCCUGCUGUGUGCCCACACAAUUGGAGGGUGUCUCGAUGCUCUAUCUGAAUGAUCAGAAUAGCGUUGUGCUUAAGAACUAUCAGGACAUGACAGUGGUCGGCUGUGGGUGUCGGUAAUCAGGCGCCAAAGGGAGCAGCAAUAAUGCUCUAAACGACAAAAACAACAAAACAAACAACAAACAAACUGUUGAUAUUCGCAACAAACAGAUAAACGAAUGCAAAUAAAAACAAGAAGCCAAACCAAUGUAGUCGAAUGCGUCGACCAAACAAUGCAAACGCCGUGUGCUUGUGCAACCGCAAAAAAUUAAAAAACAAAAAAAAAAAUAACUACAACACAAAAUAUAGUUUAGCUUAUCGCGUACAG